GGGGGGCUCCCGAUGAGGCGCCGGAGGAUGAACCAGCUGUACAUCGGCAACCUCAGCCCCGCCGCCACCGCCCAGGACCUCCGGCAGCUCUUCGGGGAGCGGCAGCUGCCCCUGCCCGGCCAGGUCCUCCUCAAGUCCGGCUACGCCUUCGUGGACUACCCGGACCAAAACUGGGCCAUCCGGGCCAUCGAGACCCUCUCGGGGAAAGUGGAGCUGCACGGCAAAGUGAUGGAAGUGGAUUAUUCCGUGCCCAAAAAGCUCAGGAGCAGGAAGAUCCAGAUCCGAAACAUCCCUCCCCACCUACAGUGGGAGGUGCUGGAUGGCCUCUUAGCUCAGUAUGGCACGGUGGAGAAUGUAGAGCAAGUGAACACAGACACAGAAACUGCCGUUGUCAACGUGACCUACGCCACCAAGGAGGAGGCCAAAGUAGCCAUAGAGAAGCUGAGCGACCAGCAGUUAGAGAACUGUUCCUUCAAGAUUUCCUACAUCCCGGAUGAAGAGGUGAGCUCCCCUCCGCCCCCCCAGCGAUCCCGCCGCGGGGGCCACUCCUCCAGGGAGCGGGGCUCCUCCCCAGGGGGCUCCUCACAGCCCAAACAGCUCGAGUUCCCACUGAGGAUGCUGGUGCCCACGCAGUUUGUUGGUGCGAUCAUAGGAAAGGAGGGCUUGACCAUAAAGAACCUUACUAAGCAAACCCAGUCCAAGGUUGACAUCCAUCGGAAGGAGAACGCCGGCGCUGCCGAGAAGCCCAUCACCAUCCACGCCACGCCAGAGGGGUGCUCGGAAGCGUGCCGCAUGAUCCUGGACAUCAUGCAGAAGGAGGCUGAUGAAACGAAAUCAGCAGAAGAGAUUCCCUUGAAAAUCCUGGCACACAACAGCCUGGUGGGGAGGUUGAUUGGCAAGGAGGGCCGCAACCUCAAGAAGAUUGAGCAGGACACGGGCACCAAGAUCACCAUCUCCCCCUUGCAGGACCUGACCAUCUACAACCCCGAGCGCACCAUCACGGUGAAGGGCAGCACGGAGGCCUGCUCCAACGCCGAGGUGGAGAUCAUGAAGAAGCUGCGCGAGGCCUACGAGAGCGACGUGGUGGCCGUCAACCAACAAGCCAACCUGAUCCCAGGGCUGAACCUUAGUGCUUUGGGCAUCUUCUCCACAGGGCUGUCCAUGCUGCCAUCCACCCCCGGGGCCCGGGGGGCUGCAGCUGCCACCCCCUACCACCCCUUUGCACAGCAGAGCGGGCGGAGGAGGACGGGCUCCUCAGCCUAUCUGUCGAGUCUGUACAGAGCCCCCCCAGCUGGAGCCUUCCCCCAUCAGCAUCCUGUGCCGGAGCAGGAGGUUGUGAACUUGUUCAUCCCAACACAGGCAGUGGGGGCCAUCAUUGGGAAGAAGGGGCAGCACAUCAAGCAGCUGGCACGGUUUGCUGGCGCCUCCAUCAAGAUUGCCCCAGCAGAAGGGCCGGAUGCCAGCGAGCGCAUGGUGAUCAUCACAGGGCCACCCGAGGCUCAGUUCAAGGCCCAGGGGCGAAUAUUUGGGAAGCUGAAAGAGGAGAACUUCUUUAACCCGAAAGAAGAAGUGAAGCUCGAAGCACACAUCAAGGUGCCUUCCUUCGCCGCCGGCCGCGUCAUCGGCAAGGGUGGCAAGACGGUGAAUGAACUGCAGAACUUAACGAGCGCAGAAGUCAUCGUGCCACGAGACCAAACCCCGGACGAGAACGAGGAGGUCGUCGUCAAAAUCAUUGGGCAUUUCUUUGCCAGUCAGACUGCCCAGCGCAAGAUCAGGGAAAUCGUGCAGCAGGUGAAGCAGCAGGAGCACAAACACGCUCAGGGAGCCGCGGCCUCGCAGCACAGCAAGUGAGGCUCCCGCCAGCACCGCCCGACGAAUGUAACCCCCCGCCGCCAGCGCCGGCCCCAGCAGGUCAGGGGACAAACCAAAGACCCCCGAGCCCCCCGGCUGGCAGCCCGGGGCACGGGGGGCUCUCUCCAGCCCGCAGCUUCCGCCUUACUCACCGCCUCCCGCGCCGCUCCCCGCCGGUCAGUCAGACUAACCCAGGCAGAGAGAGAGGUGGUUUUUAGUUUGGAAUUCUCCCCAAACCUGCCCAUUCCACCCCCGAGGAGCUCGCCCGGCCUGGGGGGGCCGUGGCGCCCCGUUAAUUUAGAAUUAAUAUAUCAGUAACAGAACUAACGCCAAUUUUUAAGUUUUGUAAGAUUUUAUUUUUUAACUCACUUUUUAAAAAGUUUUUUGGGGGGGGGGGAUGUUUGUUUUUAGCAAAAGCAGGC